CGCGACGCGGGAGGGAGCUACGCGGAACGUGAAAGAAUACGGCGUGUUUGUCGCCAUUUUGCUGCACGCGUAGUUGCAUGACGUGACUACGGUUCGCCACCAUAAGAAUUGGAGUGCUGUGCAACAGUGCCUACACCACAUCAGAGCUGUCUACUGUAGCGACAAGCUGCACACUCGCAGCUAACUUCCUCGGGAAGGGAGAGAAGUCUCGCUUGGCAGCCCCGGCUCGUACGCCACCAUCCUGCCGCGCGCCCUCGCGUGCCGCCCUCCCGUCUGCUCCCCGGAACGCGCGUCGAUGGAAUGUUGUGUGCCGUCGUGGGAGAAACGUUUGAAGCGUAAAGCGCGCAAGGAACGGUGUUCGGCUGGUUUUCACGCCACGGCUGGAUUUUACACCGGUAUUGCCUGUAUCGUGCGCUCGGUGGAUGGUUUAUUUACUCCUUGGGCCUUUUCGGCUCUAUGAUUUGCGCUGGUGUUGGGUGCCUGUAUGCUCUUCAUGUUGAUGGAGGAGUUCUCCUGGGACCGCUUUCUGGAGCUUGUACAGCAGCACCGGUACCUGUAUGACACCAAUCAACCAGAAUACAAGGAUUCGGCCCUCAAGGACCGCCAAUGGGUGAAAAUAGGGCAGUGGUUCGGACUAACAGGAUGGCAGGCAAAGAACAAGUGGAGAAACGCACGCGACCGCUACAUCAAGAUACGAGUCCAAAUGAAGCGCAGCGAUCGCAGGGUGUACGACAAAAUGGGCAUUCCCGUCCCGAAAACUAAGUGGCAGUACUACAAGACGCUGGACCGCAUGCUCAGGGACGCGAAGCAGCACGGCCCACUAUGCCAAAUGGACCCUAUGAUCAAGCCAAAGACAGAACCAGUUGAAUACUUCUUCGAGGGCACGGAUACGCAAGAGGUGACAAUUGACGCUGGGACUUCUCAAGAUGGCGACCCAAGCAUCACGACUGAGACGACAACCAUCGGAAUGACUCUAGAGAACAGCCGUGACACGGACGCUGUUGACUUGCAUAGGAAUGAGGUUAUGUCUUCUCCAGAAGUCGGAGGCGCAGCAACUCGGAGGCAGCGGCGCCGAGAUCUAGAUUUUGACGAUGACGACGACAGUACAUUGCGGGCUCAAGAGGCAUCGCUGCAGAAAAGCCUGGACACUUGCAUGAGGCAUUUGGUGGCCAUGAAGCCGGGAUCCUCGACGACACCCCAGCGACAGGAUACCUCUCGGGACGAGUGCCACGACCACGCACUGUCGAUCGCUGCCAGGUUGCGUCGUCUGGACGACGUAGCGCUGCCGCAGGUACUGCACCGCAUCAGCGCCAUCCUGCUGGAAUUCGGUGUGUGACGAGAGAUCUGACUGAUGAACGUGGUGAUCCUUGUAGUGUAUGUGCUUAAGUGCGUUUGACUUCGUUUUCAUCUGCUAAAGGGACAUGAUGAAUAAUCUGAGCGCAACUGGAUUAUUGCGUCGUCAUUGCAAGCUGCGCGGCGGCGUAGAACUGUGGCGGAUAUCCUAAUGUGACAUCCACAAAACUUUCUUUCGCCUCGUUCGUACUCUUGUGGAGUGAUGAUGUGGUGAAAGCGUGUGUGCUGCUCGGUUAUUGACCUGCGUUAUUGGCAGAGAUAUUAAGCUUUGUUGUUUCUGAAAGCAUGGAAGCAAGGUCCAAUAUGGACGGCGACUAUCUGUGGUGUAGCUUAAAGGCCGAACCACAUGCAGUGUUUUUGCCGGCGUUAUCUGGCGCUGCGUCUCUCGGCGUCGUCACAUAAACGCCGCCAAAGAGGGCGACGAACCACAUCAGAAGCGCUGAGGCCAGCGCAAGGCCAGCGUCGCACAUUGUGAACAAAGGGAAUAAACCUUAAAACUGGCAAAGCAAUGUGCAGUUGUCGUCCAUGGACCAACAAGAAAUAUUGCUGAUUAUAGCUUUUAUGCCUCAUUUGCAGUUUUGCAGUGCGAAAAACCAGUCACAGUGCUGCCGAAAGGGCUAUCUUCCUUUAUUUUACUCGUAGCGCCAACUACUGAGACUAAGAAGACCACAAGCUAGUAAUAUAUGGCCUCUGAGCUUGAAGUUGUCCGACAUCUUUGUCGCCACGUAUUCGGGCAAUACACUCAUUCCUGCUAAGCCUACCGAUGAACUUGAGUAUGGCUCUCGGAAGCAGUUUAAAGAUGUCACGAGCGCUUUGCUGUCGAAGCUUCCAGGGAACAAGCUAAGUCAAAUACAAGCGUCAGUUGAGAACUUGCGGGCCGCACAGUGCAAGGCGAUGACUUAAUAGAUCCGAGGCGGGCGGCAGCCAUUUUGGCCGCAUUGACGAUGCCAUUACGUAGGUUGAAGUCGCUGGCAGCCGCGCGCUGAUUGGUUCUGUGUCCACCGAACUGCUUCCGGCGUCAUCUCCGAUCCUGCAGAUGUCUGGGACGUCCUAAGGUGGAGGUGUCGGCCACCGUCAACGCUAGCAUCGACGCCGAGUGACGCCGGGGAACGAAACGCCGGAAAGACGCUGGCAAAAACGCCACAUGUGGUUCGGCCUUAAAGGUGCAAGUUGCUACAGAGGUACUCAGACGUUGUGUACCAUACAAAACAAAUCUAGUUUACACUGUUUUUUACGUAGAGGCUCCACUUUUGUGAGACAUCCCCACAAUACUCUGUCAGUUCGGGGACGUUGAUGUCAUGUGUUCCAUUCUUUUUAGAAAUGUUUGCGGUGUAUUUUACUGCUGUUCUUGAGCGUACCAUGUAAAUAACCGGUAGGCUGCCUACGACGUCAUCGCAAUGGCACCUCGGAACAAAUUUUAGAAUUCACUACAAACACGCAAUUUCUUGUUUGAAUCAAGGUUUACGACGUCCAAUUCAUUGCGGCUGUUUUCAAUACAAAACGGCACCAAAGAUGUUCCACGGAUAAUAAACGAUUGCGAAUCUGAUAAUAGAGCGUCUCACCACGUACCGUAUUCUGGCACACACAACGGCUUUUGCUUAUACAGGGUUUCCGAAAGCUUGUAGUAAUAUCUAGUGAGGUUGCAUGUACGCGCAGUUUAUAAUCGUCAAUUUUUAGAGCACCACGAUGAUUACCCCUACACAUUAAAUUAACGCCGGUGCCGUAAAUUUACAUGAACAGCUCAGGUGAAAAUAAUUUGUUACUGCAAUGAGACCUGUCUGAUUCUCCAAGUUCUGCGUCGCCGACACGGGCACUCACAUUUGUACUACCUCAGGAAACCCGGUUUGGCGACAAACAUACACCAUAAUACUUCAGCAAUAACAAAACCCAACAGAUAUGCCUGAACGUAUAGUCCAGAUGGCAACAUUGUUUUAUGAGUGCCAUACAUGAUUUUACGUUUUCUGCAGCGUUGCAGUACUGAGAAUGCAUGUUCUACUGGCGAUAUCUGCGGAUGGCACACGUCACAACAGCCGGAAUCAAUCUGAAAUAAAUGU